UUAAAGCGGUUCAGAGUGAUCAGAUCGAGUCAGAGAGAAGCAGCAUGCUCUCCUCACGCUUGCGUCCACCGCCGUCCUCCGUCCGCUCGCUGUGUGUGUGUGAGGAUGCGGUGACGGAGCGAGCGCUGCAGAGGAGAAGCGGAGGAAGAGUGCGAGGCUUCCAGGAGAUUCCUCACACCGGCAGCAGCGGCUGGAUCAACCUGCUGCGCUUCUGGAAGGACGGGAGGUUCAGCCUGCUUCACAAACACAUGGAGAACACCUUCAGACGCCUCGGACCCAUCUACAGAGAGUAUCUGGGCUCUCAGAGCAGCGUGAACAUCAUGCUGCCGACGGACAUCGGGGAGUUGUUCCGAUCCGAGGGCCUCCAUCCGCGCCGCAUGACGCUGCAGCCCUGGGCCACACACCGAGAGACACGCAGACACAGCAAGGGCGUCUUCCUCAAGAACGGGACGGAGUGGCGCUCCGACAGGCUGCUGUUAAACAGAGAGGUGAUGGUCACGUCAGCCGUACACCGCUUCCUUCCGCUGCUGGAUGACGUCGCGCAGGAUUUCUGCCGUUCGCUGCGACACCGGGUGCAGACCGAGGGUGUGGGAGAGACGGGUCAGCGCAGUAUGACUCUUGACCCCAGUCCUGACCUCUUCCGCUUUGCCCUGGAAGCGAGCUGUCACGUUCUGUACGGCGAGCGCAUCGGUCUGUUCUCGUCGUCUCCGUCUGAAGAGUCUGAGCGCUUCAUCUGGGCCGUCGAGCGCAUGUUAGCCACGACACCACCGCUGCUGUACCUGCCUCCACGACUGCUGCUGCGCCUCCACGCGCCCCUCUGGACACAACACGCCACUGCAUGGGACCACAUCUUCAGCCACGCGGAGGCGCGUAUCCAGCGUGGGUAUCAGCGUCUGCAGACGCCGGUGGGCGGAGCCUCUGAUGGGCGGUUCCCAGGUGUGCUGGGUCAGCUGAUGGAGGCGGGACAGUUAUCAUUAGAGCUGAUCAAAGCCAACAUCACCGAGCUGAUGGCCGGAGGAGUCGAUACGACCGCCGUGCCGCUGCAGUUCGCUCUCUUUGAGUUAGCGAGGAACCCUGGGGUGCAGGAGCGGGUGCGAGCGCAGGUGCUGGCCUCAUGGGAACAGGCUUCAGGAAACCCCCAGAAGGCCCUGCAGGGGGCGCCGCUGCUGAAGGGAACCGUCAAGGAGACGCUCAGGCUGUAUCCGGUGGGAAUCACCGUCCAGCGCUAUCCGGUCAGAGACAUCGUCCUGCAGAACUAUCACGUUCCGGCCGGGACGCUGGUGCAGGUGUGUCUGUAUCCUCUGGGCCGCAGUGCCGAGGUGUUCGAGGGUCCGGAGCGCUUCGAGCCGAGCCGCUGGGGCUCUGAGAGCGCUGCAGGAGCAGGCUUUCGCUCGCUGGCCUUCGGCUUCGGAUCCAGACAGUGUGUCGGCCGCAGGAUCGCAGAGAACGAGAUGCAGCUGCUCUUACUGCACAUUCUGAGGCACUUCAGACUGACGGUUUCAUCCACAGAAGAUCUGAACACUAAAUACACUCUGAUUCUUCAGCCCCAGUCUCCUCCCAGAAUCACCUUCACCACACGCUCACUAUAAAUCACACUCUUAUUAGUGUUUAUGAAUAUUACAGUGUUUCCUAUCAAUGAUUUAUCUGUGCUUAUCAAUAUUUUUAAGGCAAGACACUACACUACUCCCCUUAUUAACUGAUCACAUUAAGAAUUGUAAAAAAUAAAAAUAAAAUAGUUAAUAAAGUUUUCUGAAAUGUUAUGUUUAAAUAUGCAAAUGAGACAUUGUCUAAAUAAAUAUGCACCAAUUUGCAGACAUUUCCAGAAUUACAUAAUAAAUUAUUGUAUAAAACCAGGUUCAUAAUUCGUGUUUGAUUUUGUUGUUGUAUUAAAGUUCAAGGUUUUUUUUUCCAGAGGGG